AUGGCUUCGUCAGUCUGCCUUACUCCGGCUUGUGUCCAUGCCGCGUCGGAGAUAUUGUACAACCUUUCACCGAAUUACGAGGACAUCGAUGCAUGCACAAACUUUGACCAACUAGUUUGUGAUGGGUUCAAGGCUCGUCACGACAUCCCUGAGGAUAGAAGUGCCUACACAACGACGACUGUCAUGUCUGAAACUGGCCAAACCAUUAUCAGGCACAUACUGGAAGGCUCCUACCCAGGCGAAUCAAAGCACUCAUCUUUUUCACCUAUGAACCUUGUUGCUCUGGCUUCUUCAACGGAUGAAGACAACUUCGACACGAUGAAAACAGCCUACAAUGCCUGCAUUGACGAGACAACACUCAAACAGAUUGGUGUCAAACCUCUUGUCCAACUUACCGAACAGGUUGCUCAGUCAUUUCCUGUUAAGGAUGGGUUCCUCAAUACGAGCGAUGUUUUGCGGAAGGACGAUUACGCCAGAUUGUCUGAAACCAUACUCCUGCUGGAGAAAUGGGGUAUAAGCACGUUUGAAAGCCUGGAUACUGGUGCGGACGACAAGAACCCGGAGCUCGUUAUUAUCCAAGCAUCUCCAGCCGGCAUUACACUUCCUUCUCCUGAGUACUAUGAAGAUGUCGAUACCAUCAAGAAAUAUCAAGAGACUUUGGAGGCGGUCUUCAGCAAGUUGCACCCCAUCGACCAGGCUCGAAAGCAUGCCGACAAAUUGGCGGAGGCAGUCGUUGAUCUUGAGAAGAAGAUAGCGCGUGUGACUCCCCCUCCAGAAGAUCAACAAGACGUCACCAAAUAUUAUAACAUCGUAGAAGUAGCAAAAGCGGGAGCAAUCGCACCGGAAUUAGGAUAUGAUUCUGUGAUUACAAGCCUCGUACCGUCUAACUAUACUGUGGAAACUAUGUUGUUGGCUUUCCCAGACUUCCUUGCCAACGUUUCGCAGAUCGUAUCCAAGACCAGCAAAUCCACUAUUCAAGCAUACCUAGUCUGGAAUGUCAUUGCGGCGUAUUACAGCGAUGUAAAAGGGCCAGAGGUAGAGCCGAUUUCUCGCCUAUUCAACGUGCUGGCCGGCAAAGAUCCUGAUGUGAAAUCAGAGCGCUGGAAGACUUGCAGCAGUGUGGUGGACGGACAAGUUGGCUGGAUCCUAAGCCGCUUCUUUGUCGAGGCUGCCUUCUCGGAAGAGGCAAAGCAGUUCGGGGACCAAAUCAUUAUGGACAUCAAGAAUCAAUUCAUCUCCAAACUUAAAGGUCUCAGCUGGAUGGAUGACAGUGUCAAGAAGCUAGCUGUCAACAAAGUAAAUCUUAUCGAUCAGAAGAUUGGUUACCCCACAAAAUCUCCGGAUAUCAUGAGACCAGAUGCUCUACGCAACUACUAUCAAGGUCUUCAGAUCACAGAUUCCUUUUUCAACAACAGUCUCUCUAGCCGCCUUUUUGGCGUCAAUGGAACCUGGUCGGCACUCGGGAAGCCGGUCGAUCAUGGAGAAUGGGGAAUGACAGCAGACACUAUUAACGCAUACUACAAUCCUGUAGGCGCCGAGAUUGUCUUCCCCGCCGGGAUCAUGCAAUUCCCAGUUUUCCAGGUGGAUCUUCCUUCAUAUGUCAGUUAUGGAGCUUUUGCUUCCAUAGCAGGACAUGAACUAUCGCAUGCUUUCGAUAAUUCUGGGCGGCACUACGACGAGCAUGGUAGAUUUACUGAUUGGUGGACCAAUCAUACGGUCGAGGAAUUUACAAAGCGCGCCGACUGCUUUGUAAACCAAUACUCGAACUUCACGAUCGAGGGUAGCAAUGGUCAACCGCUACAUGUCAAUGGUCGUCUCACUCUCGGCGAGAACAUUGCUGACGCGGGUGGAAUCUCAGCCGCCUUCACUGCUUGGAAGGAGCGUCAGAGUGCGUCUCCUGAUGAGAAUCUCCCGGGCUUAGACCACUUCACCCAAGACCAGCUUUUCUUUGUCUUUUAUGCUACUUUCUGGUGUGGUAAAAUACGGCCGCAGCUUGCUCAGCAAUACAUUUAUACCGAUCCGCACUCCCCGGCUUUUGCACGUAUUCUAGGGACAACGGCGAACUCGAGGGCCUUCAGAGAGGCUUUCUCCUGUCCAGUCAAGGAGCCUACCUGUGAGCUUUGGUAA